AUGCAUCGAAUGGGCCAAGGUGGAGAAGAGGACCUUCCUCAGGCAGGCUCUGGAGGUGAGCUGGCCUGGAAGUCUUCUUCACCUAGAAGACAAGCUAUUGUACCUAUACUCUGAUGUUUUAGUUUGGAGACAAUUUGAAUUUGUCUUUCUCAACACAUUUCCCUACCACCCCAGAGUGAAAUUAAUCAUAUUUUUAUACUAUAAUGUGAGUGUAGCAAUGUGACAUUUCUCUUCCCGUUUCUCCAGGCCCGUCUGAUUUCACUCUAUUUUGACACCAAAAGAUACCAGGAGGCCUUGGCGCUUGGUGAGUGACAGCUCCAUCUGAAUGGACUGACAAUGUUAUCCCUGCUACAUGAGCUUAGCAUCUGUCUGAGCAGGGAGGGCUAAGCAUUGUGCAAUGCUUGGAUAUGUUUACCCAAAGCUGUGUCCAAAGCUAUGUAGCAUGACUCAGUAUCCCAUUCUCCCGUCUCCUGGAUGCUUUGUGAUGAGGAGUCAAACAAGUCGAGACUCAUAACGACAUUGAAUUGAUCCUAACUUGAACUUUGAUAUUCCUCAACACCAGGGUUGUUGACCACGUACUGUAUACAGAUGCUGUGUUAACUCCACUGUAAGGCACUUUGGAUAAAAGUGUCUUCUAAAUGACCAUUUAUUGUGUUUCUCUGGUGUUCAGGCACCCAGCUGCUCCAUGAGCUGAAGAAGAUGGACGACAAGGCGCUGCUGGUGGAGGUGCAGCUGCAGGAGAGCAAGACGUACCACGCGCUUAGCAACCUGCCCAAGGCCCGCGCCGCCCUCACCUCCGCCCGCACCACGGCCAACGGAAUCUACUGUCCCCCCAAGCUGCAGGCCGCCCUGGACAUGAUGUCAGGUCAGUCCCAGUGAACGAGCCUCCAUCCAAGCCUCCCUACAGUGUUCUUCAAUGGCUUAGAAACGAAUGGCAGCUUAAGCAGUUAUUUUGGCAGAAACAACAGAACAUUGUACAACAGAAUAGCAUCCACUCAGAACUCUUGUAUAUGUUUUGUUCUACUGAUAAAGUAAUCUAUGGAACUGUAAAUCAAUCAGUAAGAUGGCUUGUGUGCACAUUGUGUAUCCAUUUACCAGAGAUUUCAACCAGUCAUUAACCACGUUUCCAUCCAGCCUUUUUAUGAGUAAAGUACAUGUUGGAUAAAACAUUUCACGACAGGCCUGAUGGAAACAGCUAAUUUGUUGGUAAACGUUCCAAAUGUCGACAAAACAAAAUACGCUAGACAAGGUGGGAUCUUUUUGUUUCAGUAAAAUUAAUUAAUGGGAGAAAUGGCAGUGGAAACGCCUUUAUGCACAAGUAUUGCUAUAAUAACUGUCAUAUCGAAGAAACCUUGUAGUCAUGCGAUAUGUUGUGUGGACCUUCCACUAAGACUUGGGAAAGCAUGCAGGCUACAGAUUAAAUAAGUUAUGAUGAACUUCACAGGGUGGUGAAAGUGCACAGUGAUUAGUUUGAUGCUCCUUUCCAAUAAAUAUUGAGGGUCUCAUUCUGGUGACAUAAUGAUCGAUGCUUAGGGCGGCAGGUAGCCAUUGGGCCAGAAACCGAAAGGUUGCUGGUUCGAAUACCCGAGCCGACAAGGGGAAAAAUCUGUCUGUGCCCUUGAGCAAGGCACUUAACCCUCAUUUGCUCCGUACUACUAUGGCUGACCCUGUAAAACAACACAUUUCACUGCACCUAUCCGGUGUAUGUGACGAUAAAACGUUUAUAUUUUUUGGGCUGCCAUUUGACAAAUAAAAAUUAUCUUGCUCUUUUGUCCAUAGUAAUCUCAUGUAGUAGGCUAUACCCGCACUGCAUCUGCGAGCUGUUGGCUAGCCAAGAUCAGAGUGGGCACAUUAAAUUGUAGUCUUUUGUCUGUAAUGUCUUUUUCGUUAUGUGUUGGACCCCAGUAAGACUAGGAGUCGCCAUUGACGUCGGCUAAUGGGUAACCCAAUCAUAAAAAAUAAAAAAAUCUACCGCAACCUUUUUCUGACAAAACAAUCAGUGGAGUUGAAAAUGCGAUGUAAACCCAUUUAAAUUGUAUUUUUUAUUUGGUACAUGGGAAUUUAACAGCAAAAGUUAUUUUUAUAUGUACUACGUAAUCACGCACAGCCCUUUUAUCCUCAACAAGUCUAUUUGAUUAAACACAUCUCUGGUUGGAAAAUGCGCUUUUUUUGUGUGUGCGGAUUUUAGAAUAUUCACAUGACAAUCUGUCGCCAAUUGGAUGGAAAACUAGCUACUGUCUUCAUUUGUAACACCCAAUAUUAGUUUUCUGACCCAAAUGAAGAAGAGCUGUGUGUUGAGGUGGAAAAGUGCCAUGCUUAGUGUGGACGACUGACCAUGCUUCCUCCCCUGCAGGGAUCGUCCACGCGGCUUCGGAGAAGGACUGGAAGACUGCCUACUCCUACUUCUUUGAGGCCUUCGAGGGCUACGACUCCAUCGACCACCCUAAAGCCAUCACCGGUCUCAAAUACAUGCUGCUCUGCAAGAUCAUGCUCAGCCUGUAAGUGAUACUACCUCCUAGCUGUGUUGCAAUGAUAUGAAGCAUACAGGUAUGGCUUGGUGUGUUCGGACUGGGUUGACCCUCUGUUGCUGUUUGCUUUCAGACCAGAAGAGGUGCAGUCCCUGAUCAGCGGAAAACUGGCCCUGCGGCAUGUGGGCCGACAGGUAAGAACCCGCGAUUUGUGUGUGUGUUGGGUGGUCUUUCUCAACUUUCAUUGUGUAAUACAUUUAAAUUGGUUGGUACCUGGGUGACCAUUGUCUCUACCUCCCUCCCUUUGCAGACGGAUGCACUGAAAUGCGUCGCACAAGCCAGCAAGAACAGAUCAUUAGCUGACUUUGAAAAGGUAAGACCGUCCUUUAGCCCUCAUUGUUGCUGCUAUGUUUGUUUCUCUGAUGAUCUCUAUUGUGACUGGUCCAUUUAUAUCCUCCCUUGUCUCACCUCCCCUCUCACCCUCUUCUCUUUCUCUCCUCCUCCUCCUAUUCCCCCCUCUAUCUCUAGGCCCUUACAGAAUACACAGCAGAGUUGAGGAAUGACCCCAUCAUCAGAACCCACCUGGCCACGCUGUAUGAUAACCUGCUGGAAGGGAACCUUAUCCGUGUCAUCGAACCCUUCUCCAGAGUACAGGUACCGCAUGUUCAUCCUGGGACCGUUAAUAUUGCUUUAUGUUGGAUUUAUAACUGUUUUUAAAUGAAUGAAAUUCAUGAAAGAUGUGGCUAACCACUCCUAAAUCGUAAUCCCUCAUGGCAUUGCUCUUUUCCAGAUUGAACACAUAUCAGGUCUCAUCAAACUUUCAAAGGUAUGGAGGUUUCUUCUUUGCUACCUUAAAAUCUUUGGCAUUUGAAAAGGGAAAAUUCGCCAAGUAUUCAGUCCAGUGAUAUAAGAUUCACACAUGGUAAAUCUUCUAUGCCUUCAUGUCCUCAAUAUUGUCAGUAGUCAGUGGAUAUGUUUUAUUUCCAUCAGGCGGAUGUCGAGCGGAAAUUGUCACAGAUGAUCCUGGACAAGAAGUUUCAUGGUAAAUUGCCGGUUUGAUUGGUACAUGUCUGGUAUAAAGGACUGUAUCAUACCUCUACUUGUGUUGCGCAUCUUUCGUUCAGUGAAAUGUAAUGUAGUCUAAAAUGCCUGUAUGACUCAUUAUAGGGAUCCUGGACCAAGGCGAGGGUGUCUUGAUCAUAUUUGACGAGCCACCUGUUGACAAGACUUAUGGAGCGGCCCUGGAAACUAUUCAGAACAUGAGCAAAGUUGUGGACUCGCUUUACAACAAAGCGAAGAAGCUAACAUAGGUAGGGCUCUUCAAGAGAGAAACAUGCACACGUCACAUGUUCUGUCAGAUUGAACAACUCACUGCAACCUUCCAAACAGCAAAGGAAGACUUUUUAAACCACUGUGCUUACUUGUAGAUCUUAUGUCUUUCUCGUCCUCAGAACAAAUGGCGAGACCACAGCAGCACAGUGACGGAUGUGUGUGUGACCAGUGUGUGUAACAUUUUAAGAAAGGGACAAAGGAGAGCGACAAAAAAAAAAAGUCCCACAACAAACUGCAACAAAAACAGGAUUCCCGGUUCAUGAAAGUUCCCCCUCUCCCUCAAUGGACAAUUUCAUAAUCUCUUCUUCUCGUUUUUUGUUUUCUUCUUUGAUGUUCUUCUUUCAGGAUUCUGUUAAAAUCUCAUCGGCCACAGCAGGCCAUCAGGGAAUAUUGUACAACCACAAAAGAUUAAGAAAGAAAAAUACACAUAUGUUUAUCUCCUGUAGAAUAAAGAUUGGGCUUACAAAGCCUCCAGCUGACUCCGUUACCACCCACAAAGGUGCAAUAUCGACCACAAGCGAGCGCCACCAACCCCGCUUCAUUUACAUGCAGGGACAAGGCUUUUGGUCAAGGCGGUCUCUUUUUUUCCCUCUCUGUUCAUAUCUUUCUAAAGCACAUGGUUUUUAGCUAGUUGAAGGUAGGUUAGAAAACAUUGGGAUAUCCUGGCAGUUACAUUUGGUCAAAGAGCUCCCUCUAGCUCUUGGUGUUCUCAUCAUAUCCAUGCUAACAGUCAGUCAAUUCCCCUUCAUGACACUUCAAAUGGUUGUCAUCCUCACUUUAUUCGGGUUGCGUUUGUUUUGUAACUAAAAUAAAUCAGAUUACACUUUUGUCCCCUUCAUAAGUACAUAGAGCAGAAUGGAUGCCAUUUCACAAUGCUGCUUUGCCUCAACGUUUUGCUGCAACAUAAUUUAGGGGUGCAGAAAUGGAGAUGUAUUGAUUUGCCUCUGAGCGUCUGUCUGAUCCCGAGUGAACGAUUAUCCAUUGUUAAUGCCUAGCCCUAGUGUGGUAUGCUAGUAACCAAACAACAAUUGUUUCUUUUCAUUUGUCAUUUUCAAAAAUGCAUAUUUUGUAUUUUUUAAGGAUUUUGUCUGCCUCUUGGAAAAAAUAUCACUGACCUUGGUAAAGUUCGAUUGGGCCAUUUUAGCCCUCUGAUGUGCUCUUGUGCUAAGGUAAUAUGGGUAGGAUGUUGGGUGCCCGUUGUCGGACAAGUGACUUCAGUUGAUUUGGAUGCCCAGUGUAGAAAUUAAGGUCUACUAGACCAAGGCCUUUGAAUUAAAUGUCUGCUGGGACUAGCAGCUUCAACUGGGUGGUGAAUAAUGAGUGCCUCUAGUUGCUUACUGGGUGGAAGGAAGGAGACCGUCAAAUUAAAGGGAAGAGAAGUGUAUGCAGUAUGAAGAAUCCCUGUCCAGUCAACUCUGGGAUUGCCAUGUUGUGAACUGCAUUAGAGGGUUAUGAAUACUGUAUUGUCUUUACUCCUGUUGGGCAAAUGUUCCUGUGUUGGAAAAUGGCCUCGUCCCAUCAAAGGGCAUUAAACCACAAUUUCAAUGACAGCUUUGGAUUGUUUUUUUUGUUUUUUUUACAGAAGGCAAUGUAAACAUUUUAUGAACCUGUUUGUGUAAUGAAACCUAGUCAUUGAGUUGAAAAGGGAAGGAUUUGGAUUCUGACAUGGUGUUUAUGCACUGGAUAAGACCAUGAUAUUCUGUUUUCGCUCAAGUCUUGGUUCAGAGGGUUCAUUGUUGCGUAGAGUUCAUGACUUGUUUAUUGUGCACCAGAGUUCUCCAAUAUUAAAGUGCCAUAAACUGCACUGAACUGACAUCAAGCUUAUUUCCCUCUUUUGUUGUCAGUGAAGCAUUUCAGUUUUUCAGUAUGAUGACAAAAAGCACAGCCAUUAAACACUCACUAGUGGAAGUCCCAUUUCAAGGAUGUCCACAUCUCUGUUUAUCUGUUAGGUAGGGCCUAUAUGUGUAAAACCAUAAAUUGAGACAAAUGUUGACAUGUAAUUUUAAACUAAAAGCUUGAGGUGGUUUGAGGUGACUAGAUGUCAUGUAAAUGUAGGUAUAACAUUGAGCAGAAACAUGAUGGACCUAUUUGAUUUUAUUGUUUACAGAAACGGUGUCCAACAGUUUUACAGCAAAUAGAGUAGAUAUAAGACCCUUGGCCCCUCAAAAGCAACUUUUGUGUAUUUUUGUUAUUUUGAAUUGAUAUUUGACAGGUAUGUAAUAUAGCCCCUAAAGCCAUCCAACAGCUUCACCCAGUUUUCCAAACCCAAAAAAGUAUUGUUGCUUGUUUUGGAUUUCUAUACACAUCAAUAUCAAAUGUACAAACGGUUCUUGCUGACCAACAAUUACCGAGUAUAUCUGAUGUUCAGAUGAGUUCAAAAUAAAUCUUUUUUUCAAAA